GCGAGUACACCCCUUUUCCCUACUCUCUCGAGUACCCAAAAAUACACAACAAGAAAGAAAAACUCUCAUCUUUUCUCCGCACACCAUUCGCACUCCACACUUACCUCUCUCUGUUCAUCCUUGUCAGUAUCGAUAUCUCCCUCUGUCUGGCUGUCUUAACAUGCUCUCCUCCUCUAUCAUCAAGAACCCACAACUUUUUCCUUCCUUUUAACCUCAUCUGUUAUUGAAUCCUGCUUGAACUGUGAUGGGGUGUGCACAGUCAAAGGUGGAUAACGAAGAAUCAGUUUCAAGAUGCAAAGAGCGGAAAAUCUUGAUGAAAGAAGCGGUGGCAGCAAGAAAUGCUUUUGCUGCUGGUCAUUCAGGCUAUGCUAUUUAUUUAAAGAAUACUGGUGCUGCUUUGAGUGAUUAUGGCCAUGGAGAAGCUAAUCAUGAUGAUUCUCAGUUUCAACAGCCUUCUUCUCAACCGCCGCCUCCUCCCCCUCCUCCCCCUCCCCCUCCCCCGCAUCCGCCGUCGAUGGACAAUCUUCCCCCGCCUCCGCCGCCGCUUCCUAACUUUUCUCCCAGUCCGAUUAAGAGGGCUAUGAGUAUGCCUGAUAUAGUGAUGAACGGGAAGCAGAUGGGUGAUUCUGAUGUGAUUGCGGAGGAGGAGGAGGAGGAGGAGGAGGUGCAGGAGUUGCGGAAUAGGAGUUUGAGUAGAAAGAAUAAGGAUUAUGAAAAUAGUGAGAAGGCUUCGCAGCGGGGCCCACAGAACAAUGGGGGUGUGGGGCCAGGGGAGGAGGAUACGCGUCCGAGGACCCCACCGAGGACGGUGGAGAGUCAUUCCUCGGUGAUGCCGCCGAUGCCGGAGGCGAAGAACAUGGCCUGGGAUUAUUUCUUUAUGACGGAUAAUAUGCCGGGUUCGUCCUUGGAUCCUGAGGAGGAUGUGAGUAGGAAUGGGGGUAAUUUUGGGAAUGUUGAGAAUGUCGGUGUUGGGUUUGCUGGGGUUGGGGAUUUGAGGGGUGGGGUAGAGGGUGGUGGUGGUGAGAUUGAUGAGGUUGAGCCAAAGACGCCGGAGAAGGCGGGGGAGAAGAUGGAUCCUGUGGUGGAAGAGGAGGAGGAAGGGGAUGUGGAGAAGAAUGAAAGGAAGCAAAUGGAGCAUUCAAAAACGGCACCACCAGAGUUUAGUGCGGUGAAUUUGACGGGGAGGAAAGGGGGGUCUGUUCCUAGUGUGAAUUUGAUGCAGGUUUUGAACGAAAUUGAUGAUCAUUUCUUAAAAGCAUCGGAGAGUGCACAAGAUGUUUGUAAGAUGCUUGAGGCCACUCGCUUGCAUUACCAUUCUAAUUUUGCCGACAAUCGAGGACAUAUUGAUCAUUCCGCUAGGGUUAUGCGUGUUAUCACCUGGAAUAGGUCAUUCAAAGGUGAGCCUAGGGCUGAAGGUGGAAAGGAUGAACUUGAUACUGAAGAUUAUGAAACUCACGCUACUGUUUUGGAUAAGUUGUUGGCAUGGGAAAAGAAACUCUAUGAUGAAGUGAAGCAAGGGGAGCUUAUGAAGCUUGAGUACAAGAAGAAGGUUGCUUUGCUAAAUAAGCAGAAAAAACGUGGUGCUAGUACUGAAUCCUUGGAGAAAACAAAAGCAGCUGUGAGUCAUCUGCAUACAAGAUAUAUAGUUGACAUGCAAUCCAUGGACUCAACCGUUGCAGAAGUGAAUCAAAUACGUGAUCAGCAGCUGUAUCCAAAACUUGUUUGUCUUGUUGACGGGAUGGCGAAAAUGUGGGCAAGUAUGUGCAUGCAUCAUGACAGCCAACUGAAUAUUGUUACAGACCUUAAAUCCCUUGAUGUCAACCAUGCUAUCAAGGAAACAUCCAAACACCAUCAUGAGCGCACAAUCCAACUUUGGAAAGUUGUCCAAGGAUGGCAUUCACAAUUCGAAAAGCUUGUGACCCACCAGAAGCAAUACAUUCACACUCUUACUAGUUGGUUAAAGCUAAAUCUGAUCCCCAUUGAAAGCAGCUUAAAAGAGAAAACAUCAUCUCCACUGAGAGCCCAGAAUCCCCCUAUCCAAGCCCUUCUCCAUUCAUGGCAUGACAAUCUGGAAAAGCUUCCAGAUGAUCUUGCCAAAUCUGCCAUCUUUUCAUUUGCAGCUGUGAUAGAAACCAUAGUACGCCAUCAGGAAGAAGAGAUGAAGCUAAAGGAGAAGUGUGAGGAAACCAGGAAGGAGCUUUUGCGCAAGAACCAGGCAUUUGAGGAAUGGCACCAAAAAUACAUGCAGCGGAGAACCCCUGACGGAACAGAUGCUGAUAGAGGUGAAGACACAAAUCCCAAUCCUGUCUCCGAGAGGCAGUUGGCAGUAGAGAGUUUAAAUAUUAGGCUGAAGGAGGAACUAGAAGCUCACCAGAAACAUUGCCUUCAGGUAAGAGAGAAAUCAGUUGGAAGUCUCAAACUUCGCUUGCCUGAACUGUUCCGCGCUCUGUCAGACUAUGCUCAUGCCUGUUCUGAUUCUUAUGAGAAACUAAGGUCCAUCACACACUCGCAGAAGAAUUCAAAUCAGAGUCACGCAUAAUGAUGUAAGCUUCUUUUAGUUAGUAAAAUUACUAUUUUAAGUUAAUCCUCAACCAGAUGUACCUUUUCUUCGAGACAGUCGGGUCUUGUUGCAGGCUACUGUUAUUUUGCACCUUUUGUGAAGAAAAAUUAGUUUUAUAUUCCUCCAAAUGCAUGCAUGCAUGCAUCAAGGAAGGGGUGAUCCUGCAUAGAUCUCUAGUUAUUUCUUGUUUAUUUGUACCUGGUGGUUUAUUCGAAGGACGUAUGGUUAGCCUAGUUGGAGGUUUUAGGGAAUAGUGAUGAUAAUGUAAUUAACUUGAAGACAUUAACUUCUGCUUUUGACUUUCUA